CUUUUUUCAGUACCUUUCUCAACCACAUCUUCAACGCAGCAUUUAAUGCGAUCGGGACCGUGCCAAUUGUUCUCAUCACUGGUAUAAUCCUCAUGCCUCAAAAGUCGAUGGUCCUUGUAGGCCCACGAGCAAAAUUAGGUGCCAACCGUGGCCUCGGCUUCGCCACCGCGAAAGAGCUUCUCCUCAUCACCAAUUUCCACAUCAUCGUGAGGUGCCAAGUGACCUCUGGACCUUCAAUCGAGGCCACCAGGUCUCAUAUUGAAACAGCCUUCAGACGACUCGACAUCCUUGUCCACAACGCAGACAUCUACCUUCUUCCUUCCGAACCGUCAGCCUCGCAUGUCGGAGUCAAAAUACUUCAGUCAACCAUAGAGACCAAUGUCAGUGGUCCAGCUCGUGUGACGGAAGCCCUUCUCCUGAGGCACAGACCCUCGCCGGUUGAGAGCUCUCCUGCUCAAAUCGUCUUCGUCAGCUCCUCCAUGGGCUCUCUGAGCCACAACAUGAACCGAAACUCUCCCCACAGUGGAAUUCAUGCUAUCGAGUAUCGCAUGUUGAAGACAGGCUUGAUGGUCGGAAUCGUCGUAAUCAUACAUAGUAGCCAUUCUAACGCGCCGAAGACUAUUGCAAUUUUGAGCAACACACAAUGA